AUGGGAUUGCCUCAGAACGCUCUUGGUUUGCAAGGGAGAGCUCUCCGUCUGGCUCAAAUCAGCCUCAUCGUCGCUCCAUGUUUUAUUAUCUUUGGUUACAACCAAGCCGGUGUUGGUCCUCUCGCAUCUCUUGAAAGCUGGGUUCACACCUUCCCGGAAAUCGAUACAGUCAACACCUCAGGCUCUGUGGAGGCAAACAACUCAACAAAAAAGGGAGCCGUUAUUGCCUCUUUUCAACUAGGUGCUCUUCUGGGUGCCCUCUCUUGUACACUGCUCUCCGAUCGAUAUGGACGUAGGAAGACAGUCUUCCUUGGCUCGAUUCUUACAAUCAUUGGCCAAGUGCUCCAAGUCUCGUCUUAUUCUAUCCCACAAUUUGUCGUCGGCCGUGUCAUCUUGGGUUUUGGUACCGGCCAGUUUAGUGUUGCUGUACCUGUUUGGCAAUCGGAGUGCUCAUCUGCCAGAAAUAGGGGUCAACAUGUCAUUGCCACUGGUAUCUUUAUGUGUCUUGGUUAUGCUCUCUGCAACUGGAUUGAUUUUGCAUUCACCGCACUUCCUGAUACAAGCACUGGCCAAUGGCGUGGACCCCUUGCUAUUUCAUUAUUCUUUUCUCUUAUUGUUUUGGUAUCUGUCUUCCUUCUCCCAGAGUCUCCACGCUGGCUUGUGCGCGUCAACAGGGUUGAAGAGGCCUCUCAAAACCUAGCGGCAUUCAAAGGUCUAUCUCCUGAAGACGAGACAAUCAAGUCUGAAAUAGCAGGUAUCGAGCUAUCCUUAGAGGCUACAUCCCAAUCAAAGGGGGCUAUCAGAGAGAUGUUCUCGAAGAACGACAAGGAGCGUCUCUUAUACCGCUUCUGUCUUUGUAUUGUGCUACAAUUCUUCCAGCAGAUGUGUGGUGGAAAUCUCAUUUCUGUUUAUGCGUCGGAGAUUUUCAAAGAGAACUUGAACAUGAGUUCGAGUCUUUCGUCUAUAUUGGCUGCCUGCGCACUUACCUGGAAGUUCCUCUGCUGUUUCAUUGCAUUCUUCGCCAUCGAUCGACUUGGUCGACGUGUGGUUUUCAUGAUCAGUGGAGCGGGAAUGGCGGUUUGUAUGGCUGCAAUGGCCAUCACCACCAGUUCCGGUUCGGACAAUAAGCACGCAUCGAUCGCGUCUGCCUUUUUCAUCUUCUUGUUUAAUUUCUUCUACCCCAUUGGGUUCUUGGGUGGAAACUUCUUGUAUUGCACAGAAGUUGCACCUGUCCGUCUGCGAGUCGCCAUGGCUUCCAUCUCAACUGCGAACCACUGGCUGUGGAAUUUCGUGGUAGUCAUGAUCACGCCGGUAGCUCUUGAUACCAUUGGAUAUCGGUACUAUAUCAUGUACGCGAUUUUGUCAGCUUGUAUCCCUGUCGUGGUAUACUUCUUUUUCCCGGAGACUAUGAACCGGAACUUGGAGAUGCUGAAUCAUGUAUUCCGGGAUGCAUCUUCUCCAUGGGAGAUUGUUUCAAUGGCACGUCAUUUGCCACAAGGCGAGCCUAAUACGAUGGACCUUAUUGCUCACAACAAAGAGAAGGAUGACUGCUCUGUUGAAAUGGAGGAGAAUGUGUAA